CGAGCCUCCUUCUUAUCCACCUACGCCACGCAUUGCUAAGCCUGCCCAAAACCUCCUCCUCCUUCUCCUCCUUCGCCAGCAGCUCCGGAAACCCUAGCAAGCUUCGGAAAUGGCGUCGGCUAACGCUAUCUCUACGGCUUCCAUCCUCUGCUCCCCCAAGCAGGGGAGCUUGAGGAGGAAAGCGAACCAGAAGGUGAAUUUCGGCCGGUCCGGCGGGAAGUUCGCGGUCAGAGCCGCCGCCAAGGAGAUAGCGUUCGACCAGAGCUCCAGGGCCGCUCUUCAGUCCGGCAUCGACAAGCUCACGGACGCUGUCGCCCUCACGCUCGGCCCGAGGGGGAGAAAUGUCGUGUUGGAUGAAUUUGGCAAUCCAAAGGUUGUAAAUGAUGGGGUCACAAUUGCCCGAGCGAUUGAGCUACCUGAUGCUAUGGAAAAUGCUGGUGCUGCUCUCAUUAGGGAGGUUGCAAGCAAAACUAAUGACUCUGCUGGUGAUGGCACAACUACUGCAUCAGUCCUUGCUCGUGAAAUAAUUAAAUUGGGAUUGCUGAGCAUUACAUCUGGUGCAAAUCCAGUUUCAGUGAAGAGAGGCAUUGAUAAAACCGUGCAAGGAUUGAUACAGGAGCUGGAGAAGAGGGCUAGGCCAGUUGAAGGACGUGAUGACAUUAAAGCCGUUGCGACAAUUUCUGCUGGAAAUGAUGAGCUGAUUGGAACAAUGAUUGCGGAUGCAAUUGACAAGGUCGGCCCUGAUGGUGUUUUGUCCAUUGAAUCGUCGUCAUCGUUUGAGACAACCGUUGAUGUUGAGGAGGGAACGGAGAUAGACAGAGGAUACAUAUCCCCUCAAUUCGUUACCAACCCCGAGAAGUUGAUCGUGGAAUUUGAGAAUGCAAGAGUAUUAGUGACAGAUCAAAAGAUUUCAGCAAUAAAGGAUAUUAUCCCCUUGCUGGAGAAGACAACUCAGCUGAGAGCGCCUUUGCUCAUAAUUGCUGAAGAUGUGACUGGGGAGGCUUUGGCUACUCUUGUUGUGAACAAGUUGCGGGGUAUCCUUAAUGUGGCUGCUAUCAAAGCCCCUGGAUUUGGUGAAAGGAGAAAGGCAAUCCUACAAGAUAUUGCAAUCUUGACAGGAGCUGAGUAUCAAGCCAGUGACCUUGGUUUGCUUGUUGAGAACACAUCAGUUGAGCAGCUUGGGUUAGCUAGAAAAGUAACCAUCUCUAAGGAUUCCACGACCAUUAUUGCUGAUGCGGCAUCAAAGGAUGAACUACAAGCCAGGAUUGCACAAUUGAAGAAAGAAUUGUCUGAAACUGAUUCUGUAUACGACUCGGAGAAACUCGCUGAGAGGAUUGCCAAGCUAUCCGGGGGAGUUGCUGUGAUCAAGGUUGGUGCAGCUACUGAGACUGAGCUUGAGGAUAGGAAGCUCCGGAUUGAGGAUGCCAAGAAUGCAACUUUUGCUGCCAUAGAGGAAGGCAUAGUGCCUGGUGGUGGUGCUGCAUUGGUUCACCUCUCCGCUUGCGUGCCUGCUAUCAAGGACAAGCUUGAGGAUGCAGAUGAAAGAUUGGGUGCUGACAUCGUUCAAAAGGCACUUAUGGCACCAGCCUCAUUGAUAGCUCAAAAUGCUGGAAUCGAGGGAGAGGUGGUGGUGGAGAAGGUGAAGGCCAGCGAGUGGGAGAUUGGGUACAAUGCGAUGACGGAUAAGUAUGAGAACCUGGUAGAGUCUGGAGUGAUAGACCCGGCAAAGGUGGCGAGAUGUGCUUUGCAGAAUGCGGCUUCGGUCGCCGGGAUGGUGUUGACAACCCAAGCAAUUGUGGUCGAAAAGGCCAAGCCCAAGGCUCCUGUCGGUGCUCCACCCCAAGGCCUUACUGUAUGAUACUGAGAGUGUGAGUCUGGCUUGUCGAUGGUUAGAUCUAGGGAUAAAAAGAGGCUGUUGUCAUGGUCAAUUUAAUAUGAAGGGGCCGGUCGAAACUCAAUUUUCUGUUUAGAUAAAAAUCCCUUUCUUCGAGGACUCAUUUUUUCCAUCCGGUUUUUGCUGCUGUGAAAGUAAGGUUGUAUUGUUUGUGCGUGGGUUAUUUUCUGUGCAAGGGAUAAAGAGUAAGAUCCACAGUUUUCUGGAUUUA